UCUUUCAAUAGGAUCCUUCACAAGCUCUAUAGAGCCAUGUUUUAUACCUUCUAAAUUGAAAGGGGAAAAAAAAAAGAGUUAGUAUUAUAAAAGUGGGUUUAAACCCUAAAAAGAAUGAUUAAGAACAUCAAAAACAUGGAUUACUCUCAGAACCACAAGAGAUUUGGAGAAUACAUCGAAGCCCUUCAAGAAGAACGUCGCAAGAUCCUCGUCUUCCAACGCGAGCUCCCUCUAUGCUUAGAGCUCGUCACGCAAGCGAUUGAAGCAUGUAAGAGGGAGACAUCGGAUACGAUGGAGAACAUGAACGGACAAUCGGAGUGUUCGGAGCAAUCGACCGGCGACUGCGGUGGACUUGUCCUUGAAGAGUUCAUCCCCAUCAAGCCAUCAUUUUCAUCUGCACAUGAUGAUGAUGAUGAUGAAGAAGAAGAAGAAGAUGAAGCAGAAGAGGAAGAAGACAGUGAUGAACAUGAUGACGACAAGAACCCAAAAUCCGACUGGCUCAAAUCUGUUCAACUUUGGAACCAACCCGACACCAUUCCCAUCGAGGAACGCUCUCGAGAGAAAGAGACGGUGGUUGAGGUGAAGAAUAACGGCGUAAUGUGUGAGAAAAGUAACGUCGACGUCGAGAGCAGGAAAACUCCGGCGACGGCGGACGGAGGCGGAGGUGGGCGGAAAAAUGAGGCGGUGAAAGACGCCGGCGGGAAGAGGAAACAGAGGCGGUGCUGGUCGCAAGAUCUCCACCGACGCUUCUUGAACGCCCUCCAACAGCUCGGCGGAGCUCAAGUCGCUACGCCUAAGCAGAUUAGGGAGCUGAUGAAGGUUGACGGGUUAACAAAUGACGAAGUGAAAAGCCAUUUACAGAAAUAUAGAUUGCAUACAAGGAGGCCAAGCCAAACAGCCGGCAACGGAGGAAACAACCAAACGCCUCAUUUUGUGGUGGUCGGAGGCAUAUGGGUCCCACAAGCCACGGCCAAGUCUGCCGCUGCCACGUCAGCAACCGCCGGAAUAUAUGGAGAUAUGGCAGAUCCAGCACCGCCUCAGUGGCCGAGCCAUUGGAAUAAUUUUGGACCGUUGAUUUCCCAUGAAAGAUCAAUAUGUCAUAUCGAAGGUGGGGUUCGACGUAUCCCCCCCGCCAUGUCUUCUUCUUCUCCUAAAGACAGGAAAAAAUCAUGAAUUUAUGUUUUUUUUAUAUAUAAAAAAAUAUAUGUGAUGUUUUUGGUCUGUUUCCGAUUGUGUACAUUUUUUGAAUAAUGUUGUAAUUUUGUUCCUUUAUCUCUUAACUUGUACACUUUAAUAUU